AUGGCGACUUCCAACCUCGCGACAAAAAUCAUUGCGGGAGUUACGGUUGUUGACACGCCGGUUGUUCGAGCUGCUCAGGGGUAUGCUCGUGCACACAGCGAGGACUUCGCCUUCAACCAUGUGAUGCGAUCAUGGAUCCUUGGUGUCGUUGUCUACCAGGAGCUCCACGCGAAGGGCAUUCUCCCGCAGAUGGACCUAGAGGCGCACGCAAUUAGCGCUAUCUUCCACGAUCUUGGCUGGGACUGCACAGGCGCGCUGGUUUCUCAAGACAAACGCUUCGAGGUGGAUGGCGCGGAAGCCGCUCGUGCUUGGAUUGAAGAGGAGCAACGCGGUGGAAGGGCGGAGCACUGGGACGAGCAUAGGAUCCAGUUAGUUUGGGAUGCAAUUGCUUUGCAUACUACCGGGACGAUUGCCAUGUACAAACAAACAGUCGUCAAGGUCUGCGCCUUUGGGGUUAGGGCCGACAUUCGAGGGCCCAAUUUCGAUAAAGCAGGCACGAUCUCGUGGGACGUGUUCAACGCUGUCAACGAGAUGUACCCUCGUCUGGAUUUGGCCGAUGGGAUUCGCCGAGUUAUCUGUGGCUUCUGCCGAGCCAAACCCACGACUACAUAUGGUCAGUAUAUACCCUUUCUCGCUCCGCUGGUGUACAAUUUUCAGGUAGAUUAUGGCAGGGAAUUUGUCGACGGCUAUAAGCCGGAGGGAAGCAGGCUUCUCGAUGCUGUUGAAAAGACGUUUAAGUAG